UCCGGAUCGUGUCGCCCUCGCAGCCUCACAACGCGCGCAUCUCGGCAAUGCCAACAAGGCGAGAACCGCAACGCUGCCCGACCAACCAGUGCAGCACGUACGCAGCAGCAACGCCGGCAGAUUAGUCAAGGUCGAUCCAUCCAUCAAUGGCGUCGCUGCCCAUGGAGCUCUGCUUCGCCGCGAGCGCGGCGCCGGCGGCGACCGGGAGGCCGAAGCAGAGGUCGACGAGGUGCGCCGCCGGCGCUGGCACCGUGCGGUGCGCGGCGACGGCUCCGGCGCCGAUGGGGGAGAAGACGGAGUACCGCGACGGGCCGCUGGAGCGGGCGUUCAUGGGGCUGUUCGCGCGCAAGAUGGAGAAGUUCGCCGGGAAGAAGAAGCAGGAGAAGGAGAAGGCGGUGUGGGAGUGGGACUACGAGAGCUUCGUGGACGUGUCGCGGCGCGUGAUGACGGGGCGGACGCGCGCGCAGCAGCAGGAGGCCGUGCGCGAGGUGCUGCUCUCCAUGCUGCCCCCCGGCGCGCCCGAGCAGUUCAAGAAGCUCUUCCCGCCGACACGGUGGGCGUGCGAGUUCAACGCCGCGCUCACCGUCCCCUUCUUCCACUGGCUCGUCGGCCCGUCGGAGGUUAUCGAGGUGGAGCUCAAUGGCGUGAAGCAGAAGAGCGGGGUGCUCAUCAAGAAAUGCAGGUACUUGGAGAACAGCGGAUGCGUCGGAAUGUGCGUCAACAUGUGUAAAAUUCCAACGCAGAACUUUUUCACCAAUGAAUUUGGACUUCCACUGACCAUGAAUCCGAAUUUUGAAGACAUGAGCUGCGAAAUGAUAUAUGGUCAGGUACCACCUCCCUUGGAAGAUGAUCCGGUGUCAAAGCAACCUUGCUACCCCAACCUCUGUUCCAUGUCGACGCCAUCUGCACCAGUCUGUCCCAAACUUCAGAAUUAGACAAGGAAUUUUAUCGCUGAGUUCAGUUCAGAUCUGCGAAGGCUGGAUCAAACGAAGUUGAUACUUCAUCGUCCAUACUAGUUUACUUGCAGGCUGGCCAGUCAAAUUCUGAACCUUCAUCAUUUGGCGUGAUUUUUAAUUAAUUUGGCGUAUGGAAAAUAGGUACAUCAAAUCGUAAAUAAUAACCUAGCUGAGGAACGGUUGCACAAAAACAUUGGAUUGGUCCAGCAAUAACAAUUUUAUACGGAAUGUACAUAAUGUAGUUUUUAUUGAAAGAAGUUGUUAUGCUAAUAAGUUAUUUAUGUAAAGAUCCACCAUGGUCUCGAUCCAAAAUGGGAGUCAAGUUAAAAUUUCCUGUUCCUGUUUACGUGCUGUCGCUUUGCUUCA